AUGAAGUUUAGGUGGCUGGAUUUACGUGAAGCUAAAUGCGAAGUUAUCGAGAGAUCCAAAGACGCUGGAUGCUGCGGGGAAUUGCAAUCAGUUUAUCGUCCGUUCACCAUGCAUAUGCAUGCAGGAAGGUCGGCUAAUCCUACUACCCUUGUGAAGCCACUGUUCCUCCCUCUUGCGCUGCUAUUCGAGGGUUAUGCCGCGCGGAGGCAAUACGAGCUCCCUUUGUAUCACUAUCACCCUGUUCAAGUGCUGUGCCGCACUAUGCGGGAAAGAAGAAAGCAACACAAGCGCUUUGCCACGUUGUGUGCUUUGGGGUUUCUUGGAGCAUUCGACUCUUCUAAAAAUCCUAGUAUUCGUCUCGCUGAAGACUGUUUUGAAUACGAGGAUGAUAGCUGUGAGAUAACUUCGACCUCAAUUGAAGGGAGGGAGGAACGACAUUAUGUGGAUCAGUGGAGGAGGGGGAAAGUGGUGCCGAACACCGCGGAAGCGGGCCGUCCUUCCGAACAACUUCACCUUACCUCUCUGACUUCCUACUUAUUGUCUCAUACCAUCCGUGUUAUCCUAAAAGUGAAAACAUCAAUUGCAAAACUUAGGCGGUACUCCAUGAAGGAUUUCCCAAGUUUGACCGUCCAUCCUAUGUCUCUUCAGCGACAACUAUUCACUGGUCAGAAGAAUAUAUGUAAACCCAAAGGCUCUAUGCCCAGCUGCCCAGCCAACCAUCGGUUUGGUGUCCUAUCAUAUUAUAUACAUCAUUUCGCUCCCCAGACCCUCAAUCCACAAUACAUCAUUUCUCUUAUAAAUCAUGCCCAUUCCAGGCUUACAAUAUCUUCCCCAAAACGUAUCCCAAAUAAUUUUCAUCUAAUCUUCACUCCUCCUAGGGGGGUGUUCCUCCUCCACUCCAAAGGAGCAUGA